AUGGUGGCCAGCCACGCCUGUCGACCUCGCAUGGCACGACUGGACACAAAAAAUCGGGACUUAGCAGCAUCAGCCGGCUCGUCGCCCACCUCGCCGACUAUGACCACCACGAUGUCUCAUCCGGCUCAGACGACAUCAACAAAGGUCUCUCAAAACACUCUGCCGUCAGAUAUGGAGGAGGCAUCAGCAGGUUUGCAGGAUUUCGAGCUAAUGAUGCACUGGUGUACAACAACCUACCGUUCAAUGGCUCGAGAUCGUGCCACAGAAACCCUCUGGCAGACGACUAUCCCACGCUUGUCGCUACAGGUGCCUUCACUUCGACAUGGAAUAUUAGCAUUAUCCGCACUGCAAGUUUCCGGGGAAUGCACGGCCGCAGAACGCCGAUGGCGAUAUCUUCUUGCCGCACGUGAGCAUCAGAGUCAGGCUUUGAUGAGUAUCCAGCUCGACACAACACGACAGCUUACGGACGCAGAAUGUGAUGCCCAUUACGCCCUAUGCAGUAUCAUGACCGUUUUCUCCUUUGCAUACUGUCUGACCGACGAUGGCCUUGAAGAAGAUGACGAGCAGCCUGAUAUACUGGACGAGUUCCUGGAGGUAUUCCAACUCACUCGGUGGCUUCGAAGUGCUAUGAUAUUGUGUGUGGAUCGCGUGAGUGAUGGGCAGCUUCAUUCGUUGGUUCAGUCUCAGUCAAGCCGGCCGCGAAUGCCGAAUAUAUCUCAGUUGGUAAUCCAAGCUUUGCAACGACAUAAUGAGACCGAAGCUUUGCGAGACCCAACCCAUGAGAAAGAAGUUUAUGCACAAACGAUUGACCACCUUGGUCUCUCCCUCGACCAACUGACGAGCGGGAGUGAGCCCAAAGACUUUGCUUUUUGCUGGACUUUUUAUAUACCCGUUCACUUUUCGGAGCUGGUACGCGAGCGGAGGGAAUUCGCGCUAGUGAUCCUUGCCCACUUCACCGUCAUACUGCAUCAUCUGCGGGGGACAUGGUGGAUGGGAGACUGGGGUACCAGGAUUCUGAAGGAGGUCGUGAAUGAACUUGGAUCCGAAUGGCAUGAUCUACUAAGCUGGCCAGUAGAUGCCAUGGGGUGGUUCUUGCCACAUGAGACGUAA